GGUACAUGGACUUCUAUGGAACGAUAGCUCAAAAGCAAAUAAAUAAAUAAAUCGUUUUACACGAAAGAGUGUCGUAUUUGUGUUUUUGUUAGAUAUUAUUACAAUACUGUAAUAUAAUUUAGAUUAAUCAAAAACUCAUCAUUGAAAAAACAGUUUCGUAAUAAAUUUAUAAAGAAUAAAAAAAAUAUCGUCAUUACGGUUUAUUGUGUUUGUAUAUUUUACUAAUUAAUCACAAUGCCAAAACGUAAGUUAAACGACGACGAUAAUGACGUUUUAAGCCACGAAAGAAAUUUAUCACGAGCAGUUGGAUCUUCGACAAUUGAUCAAAAACCAAUUAAUAAGCAUUCGUUAGAUUCAGAUGAAGAGGAUGAUGAUGCUGAUGAAAAUAAUUACAAUGUUAUGGAUGAAAAUGACAUUGAAGGAGUUGAAGAUGGACCAAUGUCGAAGGAAACAAAAGUUGGUUUUACGGCAUUUAACAUGAAAGAAGAGUUAGAAGAAGGGCAUUUUGAUAAAGACGGACAUUAUCUAUGGAAAAAAGAAAAACAAAUUCGUGAUAAUUGGCUUGAUAAUAUUGAUUGGGUUAAGGUUGAUACAACAGAAGACAGUAAAACCGAUGUCCCAGAAAAAACCGACAAAGGUUUAGGUGAUAGCGAUAGUGAUGAUGAUGAUGAUGAUAAUGUAACGAGUGGAUUAUUUGACCCAACUGAACUUUACCGACAAAUUUUGGAAUAUUUACAACCCAGAGAAACGGUAUCAAAAGCAUUGUGCAGACUUGGUAAAGUGAAAAAAAAAUUUCAUUAUCCGAAAAUGAAAUGUCGUUAAAAAAAUAACAUUUUCUUAUUGAUAAGUCUACGA